UGGCCAGUGUGAAAGGGGCUUACGUAAGAUGUAUUUCAACAACAACAACCUGAAUAUCUUAUUUCAGUGAUAACCUAAUAAGACAUAGCCCCAGGCCUACUCCACUCCACAUCCUAUUAGUUCCCGCACAGCGGCAAGACAAGCCUUGAUUGACUGUUCCCAGCACAAUUAAUCAUAUCUCUCGCCUUGUAUGGCAGACACAGAAAGACUCCAGUUAGUCAAAGCACUACAGAUCAUUAGACGUGUGACUGACAGGGACUGAGAGGUCGGCAGCGGAAGGAUGAACCAGACAGACAGCAAAUUACACAGAACAAUAUCAGCUUUUGCUCUUGAAUUAAACAUGCGCCUGAGAAAGACAAGUUGUAACAUUGUGAUAAUACAACAGGAGGAGGAACAUGACUAUGUUGUGUCUCGAAACGUCAGAUGUACACGCAUGUAUGAUUAAUGUUGUAGAGCAUUUAAAAAAUGAGAAGCUGGGGACUGAAUCAGGGCCUGACUCACUGGACAGCACAACAGAUAUCAGAGAGUCCAGACUCAACAAUUCAAGUUAAUAUUUUCUGUGAUCAAACAAACAAGCAAACUACGAAUACAUAUAUUUUUUAACAUUCUCACACAAUUUUAACCAUGUUUGUUGUAAGAUUAUUGACUAGUAUUUGGUAUGAUCCAUUUUUACAACUUAUUUUCCAAUAUUGAUGAGUCCAUGUCUCUCUCCACACACAGGGCUUCUUCCUCUGUUUAGAGAUCCAGUUUCACUUAUGAGUUAAAGUGAUAGACAAUUGAACAUUUCCUCUGGAAAUAUGUGGCAAAACUGCACCGGAAUAUCACAGUUUGCAGAGAAACAUUUGUGUUAUUUGCAUCUACAUUUAGGUGGUGGCAUCCGCGUGACUAUGAAAACACGAAGGACUAUGGGUAAAAUAAGUCUUUGGAACAUAAUUUUAUCCCUGAAAAAAAAUGAUGUUUUAUAUUGUCAGGAAAGGAAAGAAAACAAAAAAAAUGUCAACGUGAUUUGACGCAUAAUCAUUAUCAUUAUCAUCAUCAUCAUGGAUUGUGGCAUCCUUCUAAGCAUCCUGGGUCAAAUUUAUGGGCGGGAUUAUAUUAUGAGGGCGCACCAAUCAGAGCGUACCAAAAGAGACGCAUCUGAGCUGCUGCCAAAGCGAGAGGCGGAGCGGCUGCAUAAAACCAGAGCGACAACGGUAACUCUCCCUCACAGUUUGUCCAACAUCAGUUCUCUUCAAGUCCACAUUCCCAACGACGACAGUCCCUCCCAUCCCAGAGGCAGCCAUGCACCUGAGCGCGCACGAGUCGUGCCACUCCUUGGUCUUAUUUUGCAUCUUGCUGAGGAGUUGCCAGGCCUUCAAGAACGACGCCACCGAGCUGAUGUCCUCGCAUGUGACCGCGCCGGUGCCAGAGGUCCAUAGCAACGUGUCCCUGAACCGCGCACGCACCGGCGGCAGAGGAGCGGGCGGCGCGGCGCACGACAGAGGCGAUCAAAGCCAGGUCGGAUGCAGAGAGCUGAGAUCCACUAAGUACAUUUCUGAUGGCCACUGCACCAGCAUCAACCCCAUCAAGGAGCUAGUGUGUGCCGGUGAGUGUCUCCCAGCUCAGAUGCUUCAAAACUGGAUUGGCGGUGCCUAUGGCAGGAAGUUCUGGGGUCGCCGGAGAAGCCACCAGGACUGGCGGUGUGUCAACGACAAGACCCGCACCCAGCGCAUCCAGCUGCAGUGUCAGGACGGCAGCACAAGAACGUACAAAAUCACUGUGGUCACCUCCUGCACGUGCAAGAGGUACUCGAGGCAGCAGAAUGAGUCAGGCAACAAGUUCGAGGAGCUGGCCAUAUCGCCGCCACAGCUCCUGCACAAACACAAGUCCAAGAGCAAGAGGAGGCUGGGGAAGAGCCGGCUGAGUGAGAACUGGCACGAGACUGAACCCUGAGAGCCGGCACAUGUACAGACUCACUCUGAAUCCACACACACCUACAGGAGUUUUGUCUCAGUGAUAAUGAGACAUGACAUCCAGAGCUUGCGAUUGUGGAUUAUCUUUCAAUUUGACUGGGACUUGAUUUAUGUGAAGCUGGUUCCUCACAAUGAUGGAGAGCUCUAAAUGGUUGCUUCUUGUCAUCGGUUAAAGAUAAUGUGAACAGACCUGGGGUGUACAGUCUGAGGAGCUUCCUUGAGCCCGAGCUAACCCACAUUGUCCCAGAUGUAGCCAUGUUCACGUGUUCCUAUAUCAAUUUCAUACACAGAUGGAGCUCUGCCUGUUUAGGCACCAGUAAACGACAACAAACACCAAAAAAAAGAAUACAUAUAUACAUAUAUAUAUAUAUCAAAUUCUUACUUGCCUUUCGAAGUGUGAAUAAAAUUGUACAAAGAUUUCUGAUGUAUGAUGUAAUAUAUUUCAUGUGGCAGCAUAUAACAUGAAAGGUUUUGCAUAAGUGGCGACAGUAUGUGAGUGAAGUCCAGAAGCUUCUUCGUCAUUCAUUCUUGUAAUAACUUUAUAUUAAAUAAAUAACUUUUCAUCGUG